UUUUGUCAAGCCGUACUGGGCUCAGACUUGAGGACAAUAUCCUCGAUCCACAAUUCCAGAUUAUGCCGGGCUUGGUCGGGCCCGAUAAGUAUCAAAGUGUUGGAAGUCCGAUAAGCUAGAGAGAGAAUACCCGCUUAUUUUCUCUCUCUAAACCCUCCAAAGUUGGCACCCUUCAGAACUUGAGCGAGCAUCAGAGAACCAAUGCAGAAACUAAUGGUACUACUCUUUCCCAUUUGUCCAAACGCUAAGCCUAAUUUAAGAUUCCACGACACCGAGAAAGAAACCCUAACCCUAAAAAAGGUGGAGACCUGGUAUCUAGGGUUUUGAGCUGGAGUCCUCUAGGGUCUGGAGGGGGCGUUCCCAAGCUCUGUACCGAUGCAACGAUGACGGAGGAUAAGCCACGAAAAUGCAGCCUCUGCAAAUCUCAAGAACUUCCAUGGCUUUUCAAUGUUAAGCACAAAGGUACCUUUUGUCGUCUCUGCACUUCUUGCUUGCUGAUAUCUCAUUUAGAAACGUUUUGCCCUAGUUGCUUCGAAGUUUACACUGAGGAGGCGCCAUUAAAUGAUGGCGUUAAGUGCUCAAAGUGUGUCUCAGUUUCGCAUUCGACAUGUGUUUCUCCCGAAUGUUUGCCUGCUUAUGCCUGCGCUCACUGCACAAACCCUAACUUUCCUUUCACGAAUAAUGGUGAUUCUAAUAAGAAAGGGUGGGGAAUUGAUGGGAACUUUUGUUCUAUAAAUCCUAAUUCUACUCCAGCCAUGAAUCUCUCGACUGCAAAGGUUAUUGUGGCAGCCGCUGAAAUUUCUUCUCUCUCUAUGAAUAGAAUUGCAAUGGCUGCUAGGGGUGAAGCUGAUCGAAGAGCCAUGGAUUCUUCGAUCGCAAAAAGAAGGGCAAGAGAUGCUCUUGUAAAAUCCCUUGAAUUAGGAGAAAAGGAGGAUAGAAGGGUUCAAAAGGAGAAGGAGGAGAAGGAUAAACAUGGUGGAGUUUCUUCGUCUACUAAUGCUAUUUUGGGUACUCAGAGCUGUGUUAAAAUGGAGAGGGAAGAGAAACAGAAGCCUUUUCCUGCUUAUGUUGUUGGGCAGCAACACCUUCAAAACCAUGUCCAGCCAUCACAAAGAAGUGUACCAUUGAUGAAGGGUUCUCCCUCACCUGCGAGAGAUGGAGCGGAGGCCUUUGCUGUUCGAUAAAGGUGAAAUCCAAAGAUGGGUCUUUUUUUUUGUUACAUGUUUUGCCUUUUUUUUUUCUCUUUUGUAGUUUAUAUUGGAAUGGAUGACAAGGCGACCAGCUAGAAAGCUGGUUGGCCUUGUUUGGGUAAAUAGCUUCUUCCUGUUGCUGUGGUUGUGUAUUGGGAAUGUUCUUGUUGUUGUUUCAUUAAAGUUUAGUGGUAAUUUUAUAAAGUUAAACAUUUAGUUUUUCCCCUCC